UUAAUUUCACUUUUAUAAUAUAUUUUUGUCUCUUUUCUUUAUUAUGGUUUAUACUGUAUUGCUGUGUGAAGAGUCGCCCUGCUGUGUGAAUAAAGCUGCAGGCAGCAGCAGUCAAACACCGGAAGCAUCGAGCGGCUCAGUGAGCAGGCAGCAGCAGUCAAACACCGGAAGCAUCGAGCGGCCGCUGCUCAAAACAAACCGGAGAAAAAAAACGGAAGAAGACCCGCCGAACACCGGAGGAGCGGACAGUCGGAAGGUGUCAAUGAUGCAGCUCCCCCUGGUGGUGACGGCUCAGGUGGAUGUGGUCCUGCUGCUGGUGUCCCUGCUGUCCCUCUGGACCCGACUGAGCCGCCUCAGUUACCCCAAUGCUGUGGUGUUCGAUGAGGUGUACUACGGUCAGUUUGUGUCUCUCUACAUGAAGAGAGUUUUCUUCAUCGAUGACAGCGGUCCGCCGCUUGGUCACAUGAUCCUGGCCCUUGGAGCAUACCUGGGAGGAUUCGACGGAAACUUUGUGUGGAACAGAAUCGGAGCAGAGUAUCCCAGCAGUUUGAGCGUGUGGAGUCUGCGGCUGCUGCCCGCUCUGUGUGGAGCCCUCUGUGUCCCUCUGGUUUACCUGUUGACUCUGGAGCUGAAGUUUUCUCACCUGUCGGCUCUGGGAGCUUCACUGCUGCUGCUGCUGGAGAACUCUCUGAUCGUCCAAUCACGUUUCAUGUUACUGGAGUCUGUUCUCAUCUUCUUCGUGUUGUUGGCGUUCUUCUCCUACCUGAGAUUCCACAACGCUCCUGACAGCUGGUUCAGAUACUGUUGGCUGUUCAUCUCUGGAGCUUCGUGUGCUGCAGCUGUCGGGGUGAAGUAUAUGGGUGUGUUCUCCUACCUGCUGCUGUUGGGCGUGGCCUCUCUGCACACCUGGCAGCUGAUUGGAGACCGAACAGUCAGUCAUCUGAGUGUGUGUGUGCAGUGUGUGUGUCGUGUUGUGUGUCUGUUGGUGGUUCCUGUUCUUCUCUACGUGUUCUGGUUCUACAUCCACCUGACUCUCCUGCACCGCAGCGGACCACAUGACCAGCUGAUGAGCUCUGCCUUCCAGGCCAGUCUGGAGGGCGGUCUCUCCAGGAUCACUCACGGUCAGCCGUUGGAAGUUGCAUACGGCAGUCAGGUGACCUUAAGAAGCUCCGCCUCCCAGCCCGUCCCAUGCUGGCUCCACUCACACAAAGCCAACUAUCCAAUCAGGUAUGAAACUGGGCGGGGCAGCUCUCACCAGCAGCAGGUCACCUGUUAUCCCUUCAAAGACGUCAACAACUGGUGGAUCAUCAAAGACCCCGGCAGACAGGAGCUGGUGGUCAGCAGCCCGCCUCGACCUGUCCGUCACGGGGAUGUCAUCCAACUGGUUCAUGGGAUGACCUCACGCUUCCUCAACAGCCAUGAUGUCGCAGCUCCCAUGAGCCCUCAUUCUCAGGAGGUGUCGGGUUACAUUGACUUUAACGUUUCCAUGGCAGCACAGAAUCUUUGGAGAGUGGACAUCUUUAACAGGGAGGCGGAGUCAGAGUCCUGGAAGACGAUCCUUUCUGAGGUUCGAUUGGUCCACGUCAACACCUCAGCAGUCCUCAAGCUGAGCGGCGUGUCUCUUCCAGACUGGGGUUUCCGUCAGCUCGAGGUCGUCGCUGACAAACUGUUCAAAGGUCACAGCAGCAGUCUGGGAUGGACAGUCGAGGAGCACCGAUAUGGAACCAGUCAGGAGCAGAAGGAGAGGGAGGCGGAGCUUCAUUCUCCGACUCACAUUGACGUGGACAGAAAAAUUUCCUUCUGGGCCAAAUUUUUAGAACUUCAGUGGAAGAUGCUGACGGUGAAACAGGAAGACUCUGAGCACAAAUACAGCUCCUCCCCACUGGAGUGGAUCACCAUGGAAACAAACAUCGCAUACUGGCUGCACUCCUCCACCAAUGCUCAGAUCCAUCUGAUUGGUAACCCUGUGUCAUGGGGCAUGGCGAACUUCAGCCUGCUGGCCUAUCAACUGCUGGCAGCCGUUUACCUGUUGAGAAGGAGGCGGGGCUUCAAAGACCUCCCUGAUGGUGUGUGGGGUCAGUUCGUGUGUCUUGGUUGUGUGUGUGUCGGUGGUUGGUUGGUAAACUUCCUGCCGUUCCUCCUGAUGGAGAAAACUCUCUUCCUGUAUCACUACCUGCCCGCCCUCUGCUACCUGCACCUGCUGAGCCCCGCCCUGCUGGAGCACACACACACUCACCUGCUCAGAGCGACACAUCGGCGUGCACUGUGUGUGUGCGUGUCGGCGGUGUUGUUGUCCGUCUUCCUGUCAUAUCGAACCUUCUGCCCUCUGACCUAUGGCAGCCCUGAGCUGUCGGCCAAUCAGCUGCAAGGACUGAAGUGGAGAGACUCUUGGGACAUCCUGUACCGCCGCCGGUAGACAGACAGACGGACAGAGACAUGUCUCCGUCAGAGGGACAGGGUGACUGACACUCUGAGUCCUGAUCAGUCAGCCAGAACUUAUUCUCCCACAAUGCACUGCACAGAGGACACGGAGGAGAGCGGAGGUGGAACAGACCCAGGAGCUGAGGUUUCAUCGUCACAGUUUGACGCAUCACUUCCUGUCAUUGUGACAGUGAGGAUGUGUUUGACUCGUGGUCGUGGAGACUGAUCAGACGUCUGACUGAAAACUGAACGAACUGAACGUCAAACUUUUCGUUUUCAAACUGGAAAAUAAAUAAAAAGAUGUCGAGUGAA